AUGCUUGUGGCCGAUGCCGGAAACAAUUGCAUCAAAACAGUAUCUGAGGACGGUUGUAUUGAAACUCUUCAAUUCGCAUGCUCUCAGUACAAGGUUGAACUCGAACAACCCAGAGGUCUUACUUUGAAUGCCUCCGGAGAAGUUUUUGUCUCGUAUUGCAAAUCGCAUGUGGUGGCAGCUCUUAGUCGUGGGUCUUCGGGCUUAUGGGAUAUCAGCGUUGUAGCUGGAUGCGGAAGGCGAGGAUGCCAAGACGGAAGUCAUGAAUCAGGUCGAUUGAAUGGGCCACGCGGACUGACAUUCGAUCCACAUGGAGACUUGUAUAUAGCUGACAGCUCAAACCACCGAAUUCGGCGCCUUCGCUCACAAGAUAUGUUUCUUGAGACUGUGGCUGGCAGUGGAGAAGGGGAAAGUCGCGAUGGGACCUUGCUUAAUGCCUCCUUUUCAUUCCCAUACGGUUUAGCUUGGGAUGCUCUGACGAACACUUUGAUUGUUUCUGAACAAGAGAGUCAUAAGAUCAGAAGAGUUGAUUUUGCUGCAAACUCAGUGACGACAAUCGCCGGUACUGGUGAAUGUGGUCACAGAGAUGGGGAAGCGUCUCAAGCGACCUUCAAUGAGCCAUGCUUCAUCGCUUGUGAUCAGCAGGGAAAUAUCUUUGUUGCUGAUUCCCGCAAUGACUCCAUUCGCUGCAUUACACGACAUGGCUUCGUGCAUACACUCGUAGGGCGACAGGAGCCAGGAUCU